AUGUUCAACGAGCGACUCCCUGAUAGCGAGUGGACGCUGAGGAGAGCCUGGAAGGACGUUUUGGAGGGGCUCGAAAGAGAGAGUGACGUACGGGGUGCAUUUAUCAAUUCGUUGAGAACCGACAUUGUAGGGCCGCUCCUGGAACUCAAGGAAACGCACGAGCGGUCCCGCAAACGUAUCAAAGAAGAUGUGAAGAAUUCACUCGUUCAGUACAACGAGUAUAGCGAGAAUACGCUCCCUCGUCUGAGGAGAACGUACAUGAAGCGCUGCAUGGAGGCGGACGAGUGGAAGCACGAAGGAAGUGCUCGGAAUACAGUUACGAGCCCGACGACGCCUCAUCAACCCGUGCCCAAACCCACUUCGUCUACGCCUAGCACGCCACCGACGAAUAAUCGUUCAGUCUACCAGUCGGAUGCGCCAUCGGAGAGAGGACCAAGGGGAAGGCAAUCUUCUAUCGGCGGGCAAGGACGGCGAGACAGGAGUCCUGGUGGUUCAACGAGCUUUUCAGAUCUUGCCCAGCAAGGUGACUUUGACUUUUCAUAUUCUGCCUACCAUGGCCUCACAAUCACAACAGGAAGACGCCAGUUGAACAAUCUUCGGACUCUGAUCGAGACCAAGGGAGGCGUUGGGGGCAAUCCCAAAGGCGAAAUUGCACUUCGAGGAGUGCGUGCAAGGCGCGACGCUGACGAAGCUGACAAAGAAUAUCGAAAAGGAGUGCAUGCCAUGGAGACACUUCGGCUACGCAGAGAAAAGAUUCUGGAAGCCGGCUACACCAGUUUGGAAACACUGGUGGCUGAAACUGCCGACCUUAUGGUACGAGUAAUCGAAAGAUAUUCGGAUAACCUCACCGCAACAAACGUCACAAACUCGCAAUUAUCUACGAGUCUUGGUUCUGUCGUCAACAUUAUCCAUCCCAUACAAGACCUCCAGAGAUUACGACAAUUGACCAGCAAAACGCUGGCCGCAGCGAUACCCAAACCCAUUCUUUAUUGCAAUUAUCAAGUCGGAGAAUGUACCGACAUGCUAUUUGGUGUCAGCCUUGUUGACUACGCGAGCUCACGAGGCCUCCGAGACAACGAGUUACCCAAGAUAGUAUCUAUUUGCACAGCGGAAGUCGAAGCACGCGGCAUCAAGACGGAGGGAAUCUACCGGGUCCCUGGCCGGCACGCACAUGUGAUGGAGCUUUCCUUGAUGGCAGAGAAGAGCGAGGCAGAUUUCACCGUCGACAAGGAAGACAUACAUUCCAUUGCAGCCUUACUCAAAUAUUAUCUGCGGGAACUUCCCGAACCGGUGUUCAAAUUCCCAAUCGUUGACAGGGUCCAAUACACUGAAGAUAGAGAUAAACAUUUCGCAAACAAUUUUGCCAUGAUUCGCAGCAAAAUACGUCGCCUUCCAGCGAUUCACCAAGCAACGCUGCGUGCCAUGCUCGAACACUUGUCCAAAGUCGUAGCGAACCAGAAAUUUAAUAAGAUGGACGCCAAGAAUCUUGCAGUCAUUUUUGGACCAGUUAUCCUUGGCGAAGAGGCCUUGCCGGCCGGUGUAGAUAUUCUAACCAUGACCAAGGACACACUGAUGGAAGACAUGAUUGCCAAUGCCAGAAUCCUCUGCGAUCCUCACGCUGGAGAGGAGCGAUCCUCUUCGCCGCCUUUGCCCAGCAUACCACCGUCCGAGAUUGGAGCGCUGAAUUCUCGAGCCAGCGCUCCUAUCUAUGGCUCUUCCCACACUGUCGUGAAGACAUUACCAUCGAGUACAAAGACGAACCUUUGCUUGUAUCCACCAAAGCUGCCACCAAGACCGGCUAAUAGACAGCCGACGAGGAGAAAUACGAUUUCCUCUGGGAGCGUCGACCCUGCGGCGCUUGCAGGUAUUGCAGCGAUAAACUCGAAUACUGCUGCGAGUAGACCGUCAGAAGAUGGACGCGCCACGGGAUACGAAAGAGAUAGACCGUCGACGGGAGGACGAGGCCCCAAGCUCGAUACAAAGGGACACAGUUCGAAUCCAUCCGUCUCUUCGACGGCGUCUACCCAAAGAGGAAAGAUUUCCGCGUCGUCUUCUCCCGCGCGAAGUACUGUACCUGGCCGAGUGGGCGUUUCGUCUGUAUCACUUCACACAUCAUCUGCGUCAGGUACUGGCACCAGCGGUGGACCAUCCAACGGUACAAAUGGAACCAGUGCAAACGGAAAUAGUGGUGGAACCUAUCUCAACGCAAGCACGACAAGUACGACGGGUCACGAGAGUGGGGGAGUGCCGAAGAAGGGGUCAUAUUCUGACUCGCUCUUGGCCGAGCCAGCAGUGCUCAUGUACCAAGCACAAGCAGACGAAGAAGAAGUGCAACCCAUCACCCCUGUACCUGCACCCGUUUUGCGUAAGGGUAAUGGCGGGAACCCUGGACCUGGACCCACACCUGUCACUCCGCCUCUGCCGCCAGCCACGAGUACAGCACCUAGAUUCCCAUCUUCGUCCACUUCCCCGCCCACAUCUCCCUCGACACAAACACCAACUCGACAACGUGCACAAGAAAGGGAAAAGGCGCAGGAAAAGGAAACGGAACGCGAACAAGAUCCUCCUGGCCCCUUUAGCGCAUAUGCUGCCAAUGUGGGUGUAGGACACGGAAACGUGUACGGAGGAGAUGCGGGCGAGGUCGAGGUGGAUUAUCCUGGCUCGCCCGACACGAGUGCGCUCGAGUUUCGGACGGCGGAGAAUACACCUAUACACUCACCGAAGGAGGAGCUCGCCUCAUUUACAAAGUGA